GUGUUGUAAUAGAAAGACCUAUGCGUCUUAAUAUUGCCUUUAUAAACGUUUAUAGUAGUACACAAGCAUUUAAAUAACAUUCAAAUGAUUAUUUGUAAUUAUAAUUUUGUGUUUACUCGAGGAAUUUACUGAAGGUAGAAUGUGUAUAAUCCGAAACGUUCAAUAUAUAUGUUGUUAUUCGUCACUUCUCUGGUUGUAUUAUUCACAAUUAGAAACUGGUUCGUGAAAGAUAAACCAACUUCACUCAGUUCACUAUCAUUGUAGGCCUAGUGAAUGCUGUAGAGCCUUAUCAGAAGGUGGACCUGUUAUUUUGCAUUUGAUAUAUUUUAUUAGACCGACUUCAAGUUGGUUUCCACAAAAAAUAAAAUGGAAAGUAACGAAAUUAGUCUCGUGACCCAGACAGACAAUAGAAAAUUUCGAAAGUUCUACCUAGCAGCAGUAGCAGCAUUGUUUGGCUCAAUUUCUAUGGGAACUGGCUUGGGAUAUUCUUCUCCUGCUAUACCAAGUUUGCAGUCAGUCAACAGCAAUGUACACCUCAGUGAUGCAGAUAUUCCCUGGUUUGGAAGUCUGUUAGCUAUAGGAGCAUUAAUUGGAGGACCUAUUGCUGGAUUUGCAAUUGAUUACUUUGGUAGGAAGCUGACUUUGAUGCUGAUCCCAGUAGUAUUUAUAGCUGGUUGGUUGUGUAUGAUUUUUUCACAUAGUACCGGACUGCUAUUAUUUGGAAGGAUCGUGACUGGUUUCUCCUGUGGUUUAGUAUCUUUGGCCGUACCUGUAUACAUUGCUGAGACUGCUGCUCCAGAUUCUCGUGGUCUUCUAGGGUCGUGUGUUCAGUUGAUGAUAACUUUAGGUAUUUUACUUACUUAUGUAGUUGGCAAGUAUAUAGAAUGGAAGUGGCUAGCCCUUUUUUCAAUGACUUUUCCUGCCAUAUUGACCAUCUUGAUGAUUUUUGUACCUGAAACUCCUCGGUGGUUACUAAGCAAUGGUAAACGAGGAGAUGCAAUCAAAGCCAUAGAUUUUCUUUACGGCAGUUCACUUAAUGCUGAAGCUGAAUGUCAGAUAUUGGAAUCUAAUAUAUCUCAGCAAACUUCAGAGCGAUUGUCUUGGCGAGUUCUUCUUCUUCCUCACGUUUUAAAACCACUAUUCCUUAGCUUAGGUUUGAUGAUCUUCCAACAGCUUUCGGGAAUCAACAAUGUCAUGUUCUACACAGUCAGCAUAUUCCAGUCAACUGGUUCAGCUAUGGAUCCUAAUGACGAAACAAUUAUCAUUGGAGUAGUAUUGUUUCUUGCAACACUUGCCGGGAGCUUGCUAAUGGAUCUAGCAGGACGACGCAUACUGUUACUUGUGUCUGCGUUCGUAAUGGCAUUCAGCCUGGCUGUUCUCGGUACCUACUACUACCUUGAUGAAACUGUUCGCAACUCCUAUAACUGGCUUCCUCUGACAAGUAUGAUUGUGUAUAUAGCAGCAUUUUCCAUUGGAUAUGGUCCAAUUCCGUGGCUCAUGAUGGGUGAGCUUUUCUCUGUUAAAGUUAGAGGUUGGUCAAGUGGCAUUGCAACUUUUGUUAAUUGGACCUUUGUGUUUUUAGUUACCAAGGAGUUUCAUUUUAUGAUAGAACUUGUUCAUGAGUAUGGAGCCUACUGGAUCUUUGGUAGCCUAUGCCUUUUGAGUUGUGUGUUUGUCGCCACUGUGGUACCAGAAACCAAAGGCAAAACUUUGGAAGAGAUUGAAAACUAUUUUCAAGCUAAAAAGCAACUCUUACACUCUAUAAAUGCUUCGGAUAAUGAUCUGGAGAAUAUCUAGAUGGUGAC